GGAGCCCGAUGCGGGGCCCGACCCCAGGACCCUGGGAUCAUGACCUGAGCCGAAGGCAGAUGCUUAACCGACUAAGCCACCCAGGCGCCCCAGCCACGUAUUUUAAAAACACCUUAAAAUUGAGCUGCUUUUACACAAGACUAAUGUUCUCGGUGCUGACUCUAGGGGCACCUUACUGUGUCUCUAAGUAAUAAAAUACAUGCUUUGGGAGGCCUUGGGCUGGCUUCAGGGGGACAAAAAUGGCUAUGGCCAGCGAUUUCUACUGGCGCUACUAUGUAGGGCACAAGCGCAAGUUUGGACACAAGUUUCUGGAAUUCGAGUUUCGGCCAGACGGAAAGCUAAGAUAUGCCAACAACAGCAAUUACAAAAAUGAUGUCAUGAUCAGAAAGGAGGCUUAUGUGCACAAGAGUGUAAUGGAGGAACUGAAGAGGAUUAUUGACGACAGUGAAAUUACAAAAGAUGAUGCGUUAUGGCCUCCCCCUGACAGAGUUGGCCGACAGGAGCUUGAAAUUGUAAUUGGAGAUGAACAUAUUUCUUUUACAACAUCGAAAAUAGGUUCUCUUAUUGAUGUAAAUCAGUCAAAGGAUCCUGAAGGCCUUUGAGUAUUUUACUAUUUAGUACAGGACCUGAAUGUUUAGUUUUUAGUCUUAUUGGAUUACGUUUCAAGAUUAAACCAAUCUAAAUUGUAAAAAAAAAAAAAAAAAAUGCUUUGGCAUCUGUCAGUGUUGAAGUUCAAGUUUAUAACCAAAACUAGGGCCAAAAUCAUCAUAGCUAAAGCUUUAAGAUGUUUUCUUGCUUUUUACAAUCUCAAGCAAAAAACAGUAAUAAUCUUAAUUUUAAUAAGUACCAUUUCCCAGAUAAUUUUAUAAGUAAGUCCUCUUUGGUACUAGCUUUUCUUACUUCCAGGUAAUUAAAAUCAUUAAAAGCUUGAAAUAAGUACCAAACAUGGUUGUUUACUAGGAGCCUAUUAUCAGUAUCUGAAAGUAAUGGAAACUGAAGGGCCAGGUUAAAAAUAUAAGUGAAAUUCAUAGAUGAUCUAAAGAUCACAUUUUAGUAAUUGUUUCAAUUUCCUUCCCCCUUCAACAGUACAUUUAGCUAGCUAGAAUUUUCCAUUUCUAUUUUAAUAGGAGACCCCGGUGAAGCAAUCACAUUUUUGAACUCUUUUUAUAGAAUUUAAAAAAAAUUCACAGGAUUUACAGAAUCUGUAAGAGAAAAAAAGUUUUGCUUUGAAAAAUUCACAAAAUACAAUGUCUCCAGGAAUGUGUAACAGUUGACCCUUGAACAAUGUGGGGGUGGUGGUUAAGGAUGUCAACCACGCGCCCCCCCUGCACAGUGGAAAAUCUGCAUAUAACGACUCCCCAAAAACUUAACAGGUUGACCGGAAGCCUGACAACAUAAACAUAAGCAUCAAAUAACACCUUUCGUAUGUUGAAUGCAUUAUAUACUGUAUUCUUACAAUAAAGUAAGCUGGAACAGAAAACAUUACAAAAACCAUGAAAAAAUACAUCUAUAGUACUGUAUUUAUUGAAAAAAAUCCACACAUAAGCAGACUCAUGCAGUUCCAACCUGUGUCCAAAGUCAACUAUUUCAAAAAUUAGACAAUAUGGACUAUGUAAUUUCCUUGAGUCCAAGUCAAUAAAACAACUUUCUAAAAAUGGCUAUUUUUAGUUGAGAUUUAAGGGUUUUUUCUUAAAGCAGUUUUAGGUUCACAGCAAAAAAACGCCUGCCAAGAUUUUUCUCUUUAAGAAAUCCAUGAAAGGCAGGUUUUUGUAUCCAUAUAAGUUUUUGGUUCCUUUGGGUAAAUACCAAGGAGUAUAACUGCUGGAUCAUAUGCCAAGUCUUCCAAAGUGGCUGUACCAUUUUACAGUCCCACCAGUAAGGAAUGAAAGUUCCUGUUACUCUACACAUCCUCUUCAGCAUUUGAUGAUGUCAGGGUUCAGGAUUUUGGCCAUUCCAAUCGGUGUGUGUGUAGGGGUAUCUCGUUGUUUUAAUUUGCAUUUCCCUAAUGGCAUAUGAUAUGGAGCAUCUUUUCAUAUGCUAUUUGCCAUUUUUAAAAUCAGGUUGUUUUCUUUUUGUUGAGUUUUUAAGAGUUCUUUGUAUAUACUGGAUAAGACCUUUAUUGAUGUCUUUGCAAAUUUUUUCUCCCAGCCUGUGGCUUAUCUUCUUGCACUCUUGAUGUCUUUUGCACAGAAGUUUUUAAUUUUAAUGAAGUCCAGCUUAUCAAUUAUUUCUUUCAUGGAUCAUGCCUUUGGUGUUGUAUUCAGAAAGUCACUGCUAUACACAAUGCCAUCUAGAUUUUCUAUGUUACCUUCUAGGAGUUUUAUAAUUUUGCAUUUUACAUGUAGGUCUGUGACUGAUUUUAAUUUUUGUGAAUGAGGUGUAAGGUCUGUGUCUAGAUUUUUUUUUUUUUUUUUUUUUUGCAUGUGGAGGUCCAGUUAUUUUAGCACUGGUUUAUUGAAAAUACUAUCUAGGGCGCCUGGGUGGCUCAGUUGGUUAAGUGACUGCCUUCGGCUCAGGUCAUGAUCCUGGAGUCCCGGGAUCGAGUCCCAUAUCGGGGUCCCUGCUCAGCGGGGAGUCUGCUUCUC